UCCCGCCCUCCCGGAGCCGCUGUCCCGGGCCUGGCCCGUGCGCGUCCGCCUGCUGCACCGGGGCACCAGGAGCCUCAGAGGUACGAGACCCGGCAGGGGCGCUGACCUCGGCCUCGGAGUCUUAGGAUCUCGGAGACGUCGCUGUCCGCUGGGGCCCGUAGGUCGCACGCGGAAGCCCUAGCUGCUGAGGCUCACCACUGGUCCGCGGGGCGAGGUCAGGUGCCCCCCUUCUCUCCUCCCUCCUCUCCCUCCCCCACCUCAGUGCGGGCGGGAGAUUCUGCCCGCCUCCUCCCGCAGGGGUGCAGCAGGCUGCGGAGCUGACAGCGGCCCCGCAGCCACCCUGCUCAAACUCUCCGGAAGCAGCUAGAGCUCAGGCCGCCGCAGCAGCCCCGGCGGACCGACUCCGAUCCUUCUGCGUCCAAACUUGGGGCACUUGACCUUCGGUUGUCGGGGGGAGGUAAGCCCGCAGGUGGCUGGACAGCUGCGGCGCCGCGAGGGCAUCUUGCUUUGGAACCGUCGGCUGCACUCCCUGACUCUGGGAUUUGCUUCUGGGAUCCAAAGGUGUCUACAGCAGGCGCAUGUUGACUGAGACCUAACGUCAUGGAUGUGUGCGCCCGUCUUGCUCUGUGGCUUCUUUGGGGGCUCCUCCUGCAUCAGGGCCAGAGUCUCAGCCAUAGUCACAGUGAAAAGAAUACAGGAGCUAGCUCCGGGGCGACUUCUGAAGAGUCUACCGAAGCAGAGUUUUGCCGGAUUGACAAGCCCCUAUGCCACAGUGAGGAUGAGAAGCUCAGCUUUGAGGCCGUCCGCAACAUCCAUAAGCUGAUGGAUGAUGAUGCCAAUGGUGAUGUGGAUGUGGAAGAAAGUGACGAGUUCCUAAGGGAAGACCUCAAUUACCAUGAUCCAACAGUGAAACACAGCACCUUCCAUGGUGAGGAUAAGCUUAUCAGCGUGGAAGACUUGUGGAAGGCAUGGAAGUCAUCAGAAGUGUACAACUGGACUGUGGAUGAGGUGAUACAGUGGCUGAUUACGUAUGUGGAACUGCCACAGUAUGAGGAGACCUUCCGGAAGUUGCAGCUUACUGGCCAUGCCAUGCCAAGGCUAGCUGUAACCAACACCACCAUGACAGGGACUGUACUGAAGAUGACAGAUCGGAGCCACAGGCAGAAGCUGCAACUGAAGGCCCUGGACACAGUGCUGUUUGGGCCUCCUCUCUUGACUCGCCAUAAUCACCUGAAGGACUUCAUGCUGGUGGUGUCUAUUGUUAUUGGUGUGGGUGGCUGCUGGUUUGCCUAUAUCCAGAACCGUUACUCUAAGGAGCACAUGAAGAAAAUGAUGAAGGAUCUGGAAGGGUUACACCGAGCUGAGCAGAGUCUGCAUGACCUUCAGGAAAGGCUGCACAAGGCCCAGGAGGAGCAUCGAACAGUGGAAGUAGAGAAGGUCCACCUGGAGAAGAAGCUGCGUGACGAGAUCAACCUUGCCAAGCAGGAAGCUCAGCGGCUGAAGGAGCUGAGGGAGGGUACUGAGAAUGAGAGGAGUCGCCAAAAAUAUGCCGAGGAGGAGCUGGAGCAGGUUCGGGAGGCCUUGAGGAAGGCAGAGAAGGAGCUGGAAUCACACAGCUCAUGGUAUGCUCCUGAGGCCCUUCAAAAGUGGCUGCAGCUGACGCACGAGGUGGAGGUGCAGUACUACAACAUCAAAAAGCAAAAUGCGGAGAAGCAGCUGCUGGUGGCCAAGGAGGGGGCUGAGAAAAUAAAAAAGAAGAGAAACACGCUUUUUGGUACCUUCCAUGUGGCCCACAGCUCUUCCCUGGAUGAUGUGGAUCAUAAAAUCUUAACUGCUAAGCAAGCACUGAGUGAGGUGACUGCAGCACUGAGGGAGCGCCUGCACCGGUGGCAGCAGAUCGAGAUCCUCUGUGGUUUCCAGAUUGUCAAUAACCCUGGCAUCCAUUCCUUGGUGGCUGCUCUCAACAUUGACCCCAGCUGGAUGGGAAGCACCCGCCCUAACCCUGCUCACUUCAUCAUGACUGACGAUGUGGAUGAUAUGGAUGAGGAGAUUGUGUCGCCCUUGUCCAUGCAGUAUGCUGCCUGGCUGAUGGGGCGUAGGUUCAGUGACCGCUCUCUCUGCUCUACAUCCGCCGGCUCGGAUGAUCAGUCCCUCUGGAAAUACCCGGCCCCCAGCCUGCAGAGCAGUGUCCGACAGCGCCUGACGGAGCCACAGCUUGGCCUGGGAUCUCAGAGGGAUUUGACCCAUUCCGAUUCGGAGUCCUCCCUCCACAUGAGUGAUCGCCAGCGUGUGGCCCCCAAGCCUCCUCAGAUGGGCCGUGCUGCAGAUGAGGCUCUCAAUGCCGUGCCUUCCAAUGGCAGCCAUCGGCUGAUUGAGGGGGUCCAUCCAGGAUCUCUGGGGGAGAAGCUGCCUGACAGCCCUGCUCUGGCCAAGAAGACAUUACUGGCGCUGAAUCAUGGCCUAGACAAGGCCCAUAGCCUGAUGGAGCUGAACCCCUCAGUCCCACCUGGUGGUUCCCCACUUUUGGAUUCUUCCCAUUCUCAUAGCCCCAGUUCCCCAGACCCAGACACACCAUCUCCAGUUGGGGACAACCGAGCUCUGCAGGGUAGCCGAAACACACGAAUUCCCCACUUGGCUGGCAAGAAGGCUGUGGCUGAGGAGGAUAAUGGUUCUAUUGGUGAGGAGACAGACUCUAGUCCAGGCAGGAAGAAGUUUCCCCUCAAAAUUUUUAAGAAGCCUCUUAAGAAGUAGGUAGAAUAGGGUAGUAGUGUUGAGACAGCCUGUCCUUCCCUGGGUCUUCUGCCUUCACCUCCCUUCCUUCCUUUGAGAUAUCUGACCCCUAGAGUGGGGCACAGAGGGGCUGGCCCAAGGGCCUGGGCACUGUACAUACCUGCCCCGCUCAUCCUUGGUCCUUCAUCAUUAUUUAUUAACUGACCACCAUGGCCUGCCUGUCCGGAAACCCUUCCAACCAUGGACUGCUGCUGUCACAUCCUCUCCACUUCAGUGCAUGUCUUAGUUGCUGUCCCCUCAAUUCCCACUCCACUUUUGGGGUCCAGCUUUUGUCUCCGCUGUCCCAGUUUUGAGGUUUGGUUUUUGUUUCUGUCUCCUGCUUUCAGGCUCCUCUCCCAUUACUCCCCAACGUUCCUAGCAGUUGUGGGGAAGAUAGGAGGAGUAACUUCUGACACCUGUACCUCAGAUCUAUUCAUCCUACUCACAAUCAUUCUGCUUACUCCAGACUGGGCCAAGGUCCUGAUCUCUGGGUUUGUUCUAUGGAAGUGUGGUGGACCGGAGGGAACCUCAUCCUGGAGCUCCUUUGGACCUCCAGGGCUCCAUUCAGGGAGUAGAACCAACUCCCAGGGAACAAGUCAGCAGAGUUUUAAAGAGAGACCAGGCUUGUGAUUGUUGGGAGAGACUUCUCUUCGUUGGAGGAUGAGUAGAUGCCAAAGCUGUGGGCUCUAAGGCAGUUGCCAUUUCUCUCUUGCCCUGCCCACAUCUGCCUUCCUCUUACCUCGGCUCCCCUAUAUUGUAGGAGUGUAUCUCUUAAGAGGUGCUGCCCUGAAGCUCCUCAAGUGUCAAUACUACUGGGGCUCAGGACAACUGGCUCCCUUGGCUAUGGGAGCCACAGUCAUGACACAGGGCUCUUGUGGAGCCCUGGGCAAGGAUGUUGUAUUUGAACCAAAAGACAAACAGUUUUAAAGUAAAAAAUAAAAAUAAAAAUAAAAAUAAAAAAUAAAUCUCCUGAAUUUCCCAAGUGCCUGCACAGCAUCCUCCCUUUGUCAGACUCCAUUUUCGUAUUACUGCACAGCCUGGGCCACAGUUGGUCUGGGGACGGGGUGGGGAAGGAAGACGGACUGUAUGUGAAGGCUGCUGUGUGACCACUUCUCCCCCACGCCUCCCACCUUCCAGACAACGCUCUCCUUUACCUGUUUUUGCUAUGGCUGUAAAGGUAUUUUUCCCUCUGCCCCAUUCUGUCAUGCCUUUACCCUGAGUUCCUAAUUUGGGCCUGGGUUGGGUGCAGCUGGGGCUGGUCUUAGGUGGGUGCUAGGCUGUAGACUGCCUUGGUGCCCCCUGGACACCCUCACAUGGGUUUUUCUGUGUUAUUUUCAUAAGAUUCUUUGAAGUCCAAUAAAGCAUGUAGGAGAUUUUAA